AUGCGCUGCUUCUUGAAAGAUGCAGAUGCAAGGCAAGACGGAAGAGAAAUCAUUCGCAACUGGUUAGGUGAAAUCAGAGAAGCUGCUUAUGAUGCAGAGGAUAUCAUUGAGACAUUUGGCCUCAAGGUAGCAUCUAGAAGGGAAGGAGGUCUUAGAAACACCCUCAAAAUAUAUGCUUGCAUCUUAGAUGAGGCAAAAAAUGUACACAAGGUUGGUUCACAGAUUGAGGAAAUUAAAGUGAUGCCAAUAUGUGGCCUUGGUGGUCUGGGAAAGACCACUUUGGCCAUGAAGGUCUAUCAUCACAAUCAGGAUUGUUCUGAAGUUUAUGACCAAGUGUUUGUAUUAAGCUACGAUGAAUUGCCACUCGAACUAAAACAGUGCUUUCUUUACUUUGGCCAUUUCCCAGAGGAUUAUGAGAUAUCAGUAGAUAAAUUGAUCAAAUUUUGGAUUGGAGAUGGACUAAUAAUUCCACAUGAUGUGCACGACAAAGGAGAAGCUGAAGGAAGACUGUUGGAGGAUAUAGCAGAAUGCUACCUUGAUGAGCUGAUAGAGAGGAGCAUGGUUUUAGUAGGACGCAGACACACUGCUAGUAAAGUCUUAACUUGUCGGAUGCAUGACAUUAUGAGAGAUCUUUGUUUGUAUAAAGCACAAAAGGAUGGGUUCUUGGAGGUUAUUAAUCUUCAGUCUCGAGAUCAGAAUGAUGGAGUUUUAUCCUCUUCUUCUACUGGUAAAAUUUUUCGGCUGGCUAAACAUGUCAACCGAGUUAACGGUGAAAAAGUUCUUAACCAGAGUUGGAAACUACUGAAGCCAAUGUUCAAAGGUUUGAAAUUGUUGAGAGUCCUAGAUCUUGAAGGAGCUGACAUUAAAGGUGGGAAGUUACCAAAAGAUGUUGGUAAACUCAUCCACUUGAGAUUCUUGAGUUUACAACUCAUUAAUGUGUCAAGGUUUCCAUCCUCUUCGAGGAAUUUAAGAGAAUUAUCAGUACACCGUUCUCCAAAAAGUAGAAAUUCCAAAACGAUCAUUCCAGCCUCACUAAGCAACUCAUCAAAGCAUCUUCAGUACUUGCGACUGGGAGGUUCGUAUGAAUGGGAAAAUGACUUAAAACAGCCAGCACCGCUGGUCAAUAUAAGCCCAUUGUUUUCAGGUUAUACAAAACUGUCUCAGCUGGUUUUAUUUUUGCAGAUAGAGAAGUUACCGGAUUACCAGCAGUUCUCCUGCAACAUUGCUGCCUUAACCUUAGGGUAUUGUAAACUUGAAGAAGAUCCAAUGCCAACUCUAGAGAAGCUAUCAAACUUAAGGAGCCUUGCCUUAUUGUCAGAUGCCUUCAUCGGGAGCGAAAUUGUUUGCUCUAGACAAGGUUUUUCACAACUCCACUUGUUAGGUCUAUCAGACCUUUGCAAUUUAGAGGACUGGAAAAUGGAAGAAGGGGCUAUGCCUAAUAUCCUUCGGUUGCAUGUUGAUGCAUGCAAGAAACUGAAGAUGCUUCCAGACAGAAUGACAUCCCUCACAACUUUAAAGAACUGAACAUCUACGAAAUGCCAAAGGCAUUCAAAAAUAAACUGAACCAAGGAGGAGAGGAUUUCUAUAAAGUCCAACAUGUUUCUUUGAUCGAAUUUCUGCACUGUGAUGAGGAAUGACCAAU